AUGUCCUUGGUGGACCUAGGGAAGAGGUUGUUAGAAGCGGCUCGCAAGGGCGAAGAUGACGAAGUGCGCAAGCUGAUGGCGAGCGGCGCCCCCUUCACCACCGACUGGCUGGGGACGUCCCCUCUGCACCUUGCUGCCCAGUACGGCCACUACUCGACGGCAGAAGUGCUGCUCCGCGCUGGCGUUAGCAGAGAUGCCCGGACCAAAGUGGACCGGACGCCGCUGCACAUGGCUGCGGCCGACGGCCACGCUCGUAUUGUAGAGCUGCUAAUUAGGAACGGGGCUGACGUAAAUGCCAAGGAUAUGUUGAAAAUGACAGCUUUGCACUGGGCCACGGAGCACAACCACCGAGACGUCGUGGAGCUGCUUAUCAAAUACGGAGCUGACGUCCACGCUUUCAGCAAGUUUGAUAAAUCCGCUUUCGAUAUCGCGUUGGAUAAGAACAAUCCAGAGACCCUGGUGAUGCUCCAGGAAGCGAUGCAGAACCAGGUGAACGCUCAUCCAGAGGGGACCAAUCCCAUCGCCAACACUGUGACUCUCGCCUCGCCGUUUCUCCUUGCGCCAGGGGAAGUUCUCGAUCUCGCCGGGCUCGUCUCUUCAGCAAACGCCAAACCAACCUCAG